AUGCCGAGCAUGUCUUCGUUAACCCAGCAGCUUAGAAAGAUUGGCACAGCGGACGCUAACCGGGGAUCCGAGAGGGCUGCCAAGCAUCGCGCGUCCUUCCUUUUCGACUCAAAGCAGGCUGCCGACUAUGACAUCGAUACAAUCUACUCGAUCGGUGUUAAUGGUAUCGCGGAGUUGAAGCAACUCGAUCCAAAGUUCUCAGCUUUUGAGAAGACCCUGUUCUCAGAGUCCAUGAAGAACGUUGACAGAGUCCUUCAGACAAAGGAAGAUAACGUCAAGCUGGAUGAGAGCAUCACAUUGUUUCUUCGCCAAUUGUCGCCAUACUUCCUGCUGAAGCCUGCAGGAAAGGCACUCGAGUGGCUCAUCCGUCGAUUCCGUAUCCAUGAGUUUAACGUCGAUGCCAUCCUUCACGCCAUCCUCCCAUACCACGAGACCGCGCUCUUUGUCACCAUGGUCUCCCUUCUCCAGAUCAGUGAGACUAGUCGAUGGUCAUUUCUGCGGCCUAUUCGCAAGUCAAAACAACCAUUGGAUAGGACAAUACUGGUUCAGAACAUGCUAAAGGACCGUUCAAUUGUCGAGUUCGUCUGCGAAACCGUUCUUCAGGCUGUAUCCCGUCGCACAGCCUUCAAAACCUUGCUCUCCUUCUACACCGCAAUCAUACUGCAGUACAUCGCCUUCUUGCCAGUUAUCACAGACGACGUUUUAACCGCCAUAUUUCCAUACAUCUUGGAGGGAUUAAAAGCCAAGGGAUACCCAGAGUACCAGAUUGCCUCGUAUAUGAUCAUCUCGCAAAUUUCAGAGCGCGCUACCCUGACAUACGAGGUCCUCUCAUCCUUGUUCGCCACGAUGACUUCCAGCUACGUCAAUCCGUCUCAAAUGCUGCUCUGCCUGGUCCACAUCUGCCAAACACAAGAGACUUUUGAGGAGUUUCCUGAGGAGGCCUUUAGGAAUUUGUCAAGAAUUGAAGGCAUCGACACUGUCAUUAUCUCGCUCCUUCAAAAGUACAGCGCCCAGCGAUUCCUCUACCCCUUCCUGACCGCCCUUUCAAAACAUUCCUCAAGGCACGAGAAUUACUCGCGCGUCCUCAACAGUAUUUUAAAGCAGGAGCGUCUACCAUCCUCUAUAGUAUACGGUGUUUGUUCUGCCAUCCUGGAUCUCUAUCUCGCGGAGCGUAAGCAGAACGAUACGGCGGAGCUGAACGAACAUGCUUUGUCGAUCUUGCACGUUCUGCAUCAGCACUACUCUAAGGAUCUGGACGCCGCCCUGCAAGCCAAGCUGGAGGAAGCCAAAGGGGAGCAGCACACAAAGACGCAUUCCCAUCUCUACGCUUUUAUCUCUAAAGUCUUUCACGGAACUCGCCAUCAACCCUUGAAGGGAUCCAACACAACCUUGUUUCUCAGUGUCAACCAUGCAGAGGCUUCCAUUCGUCUUCUUGCCGUCAAAAAGCUGAACGAGAUUUUGAUUGAAAAGUCAUCGAAACUUGCCAACCUGAAUAAUGAGGAUACUUUUGUCAGGGAUACGUUGCUCGCUCGCCUUCAGGAUGACGAUGAGAGAAUCGUCCAACAGGUUUUGGACAUGGAUGGCUUGAAGCAUUUUGUCGCGCCCCAGGACCUGCUCAACGGCCUGGUGGGCGUUGUGACGGCACCCAGCAGUACCCGGGCAACACGUCGUCACUGCCUAGUCUACCUGUUGACUACCUUCCUCACUGACAAUAAGGAUCUCCAGGACAACGUUCUCGCCAUCGUUCUCGGACACCUGUUGCUGGUCAAGGAUUUCUACAAGGCCAGCAUGGCACUGAUUUCCAAAAUUCCUUCUUCUGGCCUGAAGAGCGAACCACUGUUGAAGAACGUGUCAAGUGUUAUCAAAGAUCUUACCAAUGAGGACGCCUCGCCCAGUGCUGAUGCUAUGGUUUCUGCCGAUAUGGCUUUGAUCAAAACACUCGCGUCCAACUUAGUGUCUCACCGCAGCAUGUCGGAGGGAUUGGAUGUUUACCUUCAAGGACUCAAGAGCGGUAAUGCCGCUUUCCGACUUCUGUCCAUCUUUGUCAUCACCAGCACAGUUCAUCAGCUUGGCGCGGAGCAGCAGAUCAAGGUUGUCAGUCACUAUCUCCCAGUGCUCCUCCGUGUCCUCAAGUCCCAUUCGCUCGCCACUAAAGCCUUAAAAGCCGAAGUCAAGGACGGUCGGCCCUCAAAGGAGUUGCUCACCCAAAUCGUCACAAAGUCAUGGACGCCUUCGACUGAGGUUUCCGCUAUUCAUUUCUCUCUGUUGAGCAUCGUCUCCGAUCUGAAGAAGCCCAGCAAGUCGAUUGUUCCUUGGCUGUCUGCUGAGCCUCUGUCUGAGUAUGGUUCGAUUCUUCUAUCGAUGUACAAGACUUUUGUGGGCACUAUCAUUAUGGAGCCAUACGAGCAGAUGAUUGAGAAACUGUUCGAGAUUCACUUUACAUCCGAUUCGAUCGAGUUCCUAUGCAACCUUUGGACCGACUCUACUGCCCCGGCUCUUGUUCAGGUCCGCUCUAUUCAGAUCGCCAGCGCCAACCUCCAGGCCUUCGCCAAGCAUGCAGACGCAGAUGCUCCUGACUUCCAAGUUGUGAUCCCUACCCUCCUGAUGGCAUUGGGCAACCCCAUCAAGGCCAUGCGCGAGACCGCUGUUGCAUGCCUUGGCACUAUUGCCUCAUUUUAUCCCAAGGUCAAGACCACCGGCAAGAAAGGCAAGAACAUGGCCAUGAACAUCUUUAAGUUUGACACGUUCUAUGGCAAGACCUCGGAUAAACUGGAGUUCCUGAUGUCGGAGCAGGCCUCGUCUUUCUUGACAACAUUACUCAAGUCUCGCGAGGAAUUCAUCACCGAUGGAAGCUAUCUCACCAAAUAUUUCGCCGAGACCCUGAACCAUAUCGCAAACGAACCCAAGACUACCGCCUCGACCAAGGACUCGAUUGUCUCGUUCAUUCUUUCUCACGUUCUUGCGUUCGAGCGUACUAGCAGCCGAGUCGAGCUACUCCAGCUGCUGGAUGGCGUCACCUCACUCACCAAACUGAAGAUGCUUCUGCCCCUGAUCGACUCCCUUGUGCAGUCGACUUUUGUUGGACAAAAUGUAGACGACGUUAACACUGAGCUGGCUCGCUAUCUUGUUCGUUGCUUCUCGCCCGAAACGUCGUCUCUCUUGGAGGGCAAAUCUGGAAAGUACAGGAAUGCGUUCCUACAGCUGCUCAAGCUAGACAACACUGCAGGAAUCAAUACCGACACUGAGGAAUCGAGCUCAUCCUUCCGCCGCCUCGCUUUGAGCCAGGUCAACAGCCGCUUUUUCGAUGGCCUCAGCACAUCUCUUCAGCGCGACAUCUUUGUGGUCUUGAUCGACUUGGCCACCAACGCUCCCCAGGAGACCGUCCGUGUCGUGAAGCAGGUUCUUCGCGAUGUCUCUAUCAGCAGUGACCUUGUCAUCUAUGAGUUGGCGACGAUCCAGUCUAGCCUGGUGCAGGAGGCCAUGGUCGAUGAAGAAAACAAUUCGAAGCGUCAGCGCAAGGCUCCUGUUGAUCCAUCUGCCCCCGGUGCCAUCGUUGAAGCACUUCAUCGUCUCGUCUCUGUCCUGGAGCUGCUCGAGUACAAGGAUGUUACAGAGACUAGCAAGCUGGUGACACCCCUGUUCGAGUUACUUUCUACGAUCAUGAACUCCGACCUCAACAACACCCCUAUCUCUAUCGAAUAUAUCAACCAGCUGAUGCUGUCGAGCCUGACGAGUUUUGUUCGGGAUGCUGAAUCUGGCGCCAACGCCGGCAAGCUGGACGAGGGCAUUUUGCGCGUGGAUUUGGUUGUCAACUGUAUCCGUGCCACAGGCAACCCUCAGACUCACAAUCAAGCACUCCUGCUUAUGGCGGCCAUUGCCACACUGUAUCCCGAGAAGGUCCUCCACAACAUCAUGCCCGUGUUCACCUUCAUGGGUGCUAAUGUGCUGCGCCAGGAUGACAACUAUAGUUUUCAUGUUAUCCAGCAAACCUUGGAGAAGAUUAUUCCGCCAUUGGUCGCUGCCCAUCGCCGGCAGAGCGUCGAAAGCCAGAGUCUGGUCAUGCAAGUCCGUCCUAUCAUCAAGGUCUUUAUCGACGCACUGUUCCACAUCCCCAAGCACCGCCGUCUCCGACUCUUCUCAGUACUCAUUAGCACCCUGGGCGAGGGGGAUUUCUUGCAUGCGGUGAUUUGCAUGACAAUCGAAAAGUACACUGAGAGGGCCAGCAAGGGCCAUCAGACCGAGGCAGACUCUUUGAGCGAGUUUGCUCUAGCGCUUUCGAACCAAUUUUCAGCUAUUGUUCAGAUGAAGUCUGUGAUCGCGUUGAUGGAUGUCAUCCAGGCUGUGCCUAACGAGAAACCUGCGGAAGGCGGCGAUGUUGACAUGGAGGAACAUCUCUUUGACCUCAGCACGCACAACAACAAACAGAUCCGCCAGUUCAAGCUAUCUGUCUUGACGUUCAGCUCUAAUGUUAUGACUGCCAAAUCGUUUUUGUCCAAGAUUCUGACACAGACCAAUAUCGACUCUUCUGCCGAGACUGUCCUCGAGAGUUACUAUCUUCAGCUGGCGGAGCGUCUAUUGACCCUAGUGGGAACUUUUACAGCUUUUGUCAACACUCUGGUCACACGCAAGGAACCCUCGGCUGUUGUGAUCAAGUUUUGGCGUGGCAUUAUUAAGGUCACUUAUGAUGUCCUGGACAAGGUCCACAUUCUCCUGUCAUUGCCGUCGUUUAUCAAGAUCAUGGUGGCGCUGUUUGUUCACAAGGACGUCACGAUUCGUCGCAAGGCCAUGGUCCUCUUCAACCAAAAGAUCUCGAACGUCCCUGGAAGCCCCGCUGCGGUGCCUGCGGUCUAUCAGAAUAUGGUCGUCGCUGUGAGUGAAGACUUGAAGAAGGCUGUUGAGGUCGAUCAAAUCGAAGGCGCCACUGCCGAGGAGGUGGCGAUCAAUAAGCAGACCGCAUUGCUCUGCCUCUCGACCAUUGUUCGUCAGUUUGGUGCAUCUCACCCCGCAGAGAUCACCAAGAUCGUGCCCGUCAUCAUUGGAUCUAGUGGACUGCAGCAUCCUAACGAGCAGGUCAAGGCUUCGUGCCUGGUUUGUCUCACAUUCAUGAGCCAGGAACUUGGUAUCCGUAUGGUACCUUUCUUGCCCAAGUUUAUGCCUGUUGUCCUCUCAAUUCUUGGUGGCACACUAGUCAGCACCAACGCUGCCGCAGCUGCCGCAGCUGGAGCCGAUAAUAGCAAGUCCAGUCGAUACAACAACUCCGUGCUGCUCCAACUAGCAGUGGUCUCGCAUCUCGAGACGUUGAUCAGGGUCCUGCCCCAGUUCGUCAGUCCUUAUGUAACCAAGAUUCUUGCCAGCACGCUGCAUCCAGUUCUGACGGGAUACGAAGGUAGCGAUGCCUCAAAGCUUCAGAUCCUGGACAAGAACAAGAGAUUGCUUACAGAAAUGUCGAUCCAUAUCCAACCACGUACCUUGCUCCCGCCUGUGCUUGGAUACUAUGAGACCGCGGUCAAGGACGGCAAGGACUCGCUCUUGGCGCUGUUCGAUCUGGUCAGCCAGACUGUGCAGGCUAUGCCUCGCGACGUUAUCGCGGUGCACUACAAGCAGAUCUUCAAAUUUUUCUUGGGCGCGUUUGAUUACCGCCGUGUCAUUCGCGGUCAGCAGGACAAGAGCAAGUUUGUCAGCAUUGCUGCUGUAGAGGACGCAGUGAUCGAGGCAUUCAUGAAGCUAGUCAUGAAGUUAAACGAGACGUUGUUCAAGCCCUUGUUCCUCAAGACUCUUGAUUGGGCUACAACUGAGCUGCAAGUCGCCAAGGGUUCAUUCAAGGAUAUGCAGGACCGUCUUGUCUUCUUCUACAAGUUGAUGAACUCGCUCUUGGAGCAGCUCAAGUCGAUUGUCGCCCCUUACUACGGAUAUGUCGUCGACAACGUGAUUGAGGCCCUAACGGGCUAUGCCGAGGCGGUCAAGAUCUCAUCAUCAUACGAGGACAACGAUAGCGACAAUAUGGAUGAGGACAAUACCAAGAAGGCAGCGACCAAAUCGAGAGAGAUGGACGAGCUCUGGCCUUGGAUGGUGUCAUCGCUUCAGAAGUGCUUCUUGCACGAUAACGAUGGACUCUGGAAUGCGGACCGCUUCGAGAAGCUGCUUCAUCCCUUGGUAGAUCAGCUUCUGGUGACUUCAAAUUUGGAGGCUGCCGAAAAAGAAACUGGCGCCGAAUGGAAGUCGUACGAGAACAGGAUGAACACAUGGUUGGUCCCAUGCCUGGGUCAGCUGGCUGUCACGCUUUCCAAUGAUGCGCUCUGGAAGCCUUUGAACUACCAGGUCCUGCUCAAGACGCGUGAGGAUAACAAGCACAUCCGCAUCUCAGCAUUGAAGGUCUUACAAGAGUUCUACAAGCGUCUCGGCGAAGAGUUCCUGAUCCUAUUGCCCGAGACGAUUCCAUUCUUGGCGGAGCUCAUGGAGGACGAUGAUCACGAUGUUGAGGCCUUGACACAACAGGUCAUUGCAGAUAUUGAAGUCUAUCUCGGAGGAAGUUUGCAAAAGUAUUUUCACUAA